AUGGAGCGUCGGAACAAGAUGGAGUUCUUCCAGAAACUGGGCUACAGCCAGGACGACGUGGUCAGGGUACUGGGCAAGCUGGGUGACAGUGCAUUGGUCAACGAUAUACUGCAGGAGUUGAUCCAGACCGGUAGCCGCCCGAGGGCCCAGGAGGAUCCCAUCAACAGCACUGGAGUAGUGCUGACGCCCCGGGGAUGCUGUGGGACCCGGGACUCUGCCCCACAGGGUCUGGGACCAGGACUGGAAGAAGCUGGUGGAGACCCAGGCAGCUCCCUGCGGCCCAUAGUGAUCGAUGGCAGCAAUGUGGCCAUGAGCCAUGGAAAUAAGGAAGCCUUCUCUUGCCGGGGAAUUCGUCUGGCUGUGGACUGGUUCAGGGACAGAGGACACACCUACAUCAAAGUUUUUGUCCCGUCCUGGAGGAAAGAACCAUCAAGAUCUGAUACCCCUAUCAGAGAGCAGCACGUGCUGGAAGAGCUGGAGCGGCAAGCUGUGCUGGUGUACACCCCGUCCCGCAAGGUCAACGGCAAGCGGGUCGUGUGCUACGAUGACCGCUACAUUGUGAAGGUGGCCUACGAGAAGGACGGCAUCAUCGUCUCCAACGACAACUACCGGGACCUGCAGAGUGAAAACCCGGAGUGGAAAUGGUUCAUCGAGCAGCGGCUGCUCAUGUUCUCCUUUGUGAACGACAGGUUCAUGCCUCCUGAUGACCCCCUGGGCCGCCGUGGACCAACCCUGAGCAAUUUCCUAAGCAAGAAGCCAAGGCCCCCAGAGCCAUCCUGGCAGCACUGUCCCUAUGGCAAGAAAUGCACCUAUGGGGUCAAGUGCAGAUUCUACCACCCCGAGAGGCCACACCGUGCACAGCUGCCGGUGGCCGACGAACUCCGCGCCAAGACGCGGACUUGGCCGGGCGGUGGCGCCGAGGAGCAGCGGCCACCGAGCGUCCGGAGCAGCCCCGCUGCAGCCAGGCCGCUUCUCCGGGAGCCCAGUGCACACAGCCUCCCACCGCCACCGCAGCCCGCGACCCUGGCCUCCCUGAGCCGGAGCCUUUCGCGGCUGACCUUCAGCGAAACCCCGACUAGCGGCGGGGUCGCGUCCAAGACGCUUGAGCCCGACUGGAUGCCCACGUCCUGGGCCUUGACAACUCCUCGCGCAGGCAGCGCUGCCACACCAAGGUCGCCGGGUCUGCGAAGCCUCCGGACUCCGAACAGCGCGCUCUCCUCGGGUGAUUCUGGGUCCCCAAACUGCCCUCAGGUCCAACCGCCAGAUCGACGCCUCCUUUCCAGGGACAUGCACAGUGAUUUGCCUCCCCAGCGCAGACCUCUGGAAGAUCCAUGGACCCUCUUGCCCAGCUCCUACCUUUAUCUGGGUCACUCGGCCUGGGCCGAGUCUGCUUGGGGUGAGGACACCUUUAGAGAACCUUCGGGAUCAGCGCAGCCAGCAGUCAAUGGUGGGGGAGCACGCACUGCUUUCUGCAGUGUCUUCCCAGCUGAUCAAGAGGACCGGGGGAUGGCCUCGGAUUCUGCCCUCUCCAAUCUGGCUCUGCUCACCCUCCGGCAGAGAUCUCAAGGGCCUGGUGAGCGGUUGGCGGACCCUUAAGGGACAGGUUCAGAACACUGCAAAGAGUCUUGACUUGCAACUUGAAUUGUGGGAUACAAGACGGUUGCCAACCUGGAUCUAAGUCACUGUUUUUGGACCCUGUCAGCAGGAGACUUCCUUCUCAUCCUCGGUGGUGGAUACCCAUGGGGAACUCAGUGUUGCUCCCAGGGCCUGCUGAGUGGACAGACGAUUUCUGAUAUGUUCAGAACACAUCUGUGUCUGGCUCUGAGUGCCAACCACAAAAUGUGUCAGUGGGCCAUCACCGCAAAUCAAAAAGGAAGCCCAAGUAAUUGAAAUGAGUUUGAUCCAAACUCUUGCUGUGUAAGAGUGUGUGUUUCUGUGUGUGUGUGUGUGUGUGUGUGUGUUUAAGACUCUAGGAAUCCAUGAGAAUGUGGGUCCUGGUUGAAAGUUUGAAAAAGACUCAUAGACAAUCUUUACUUUUGUGGUAUCAAAUAAUGUUUUAAAAUGUAUUCAUGUGACAUGGGAAGGAAGGGGUUGAUGCCUGGGGUUUUCAUGCCACCAUUGCUAAGCUCACUUAGCAAUGUACAGAACCCAGGCUUCUGUACAUUUUUACUGUGGGGGCUGUGAGGUGUUGUGAGUGUCCCAACAGUACUUGACUCUAAGGGUCUUCUCACCCGUCCUUUGCGCCAUUUGUACAUGCAAUAACACACACACACACACACACACACACACACACACACACACACACACAGCCUUGCUCAAGA